GGCGUCAGGUAGGCGGGGCCCCUGGUUCCAAACGCUAGGAUCUGCUAGCGGGCGGCAGGCGGGGGACGCGAGGGCAGAAGGAGGUUGUCCUGUUUCUGAUCAGGGAGGACCGUGAAGCGUUUCGCAGGCGUAGGACUCCCGGCCACCUCAGGGGACCACCGGGCCUGCUGGAGCCGGCCUCGGCGGGACCUGCACACCGGAGCUUCGAGCUCGUCCGCGGGGAGGAGACUGGCAUCCGAGCGUGCGGCUCUGCCUUAUUUUUGUUCCGGUGGUCCUGGGCCGGGCGCUGCUCAACUUCCGUCCCCGAGAAGGUGUGCUUUCUGCCCUUGCCUUUUCACGCUUCUGAGUUUGACAGCCGCGACGCGAGUGCAGUGGCCUCACCCGGAAGAAACCUCAGCAAAAGCUACAAGGAGGCACAGUCCAGGGGUUCGGUGGCUUCUCCUGCGGCUUCCUAGGAAUGGAGAAUGUAUUUCAAUUACAGUCUGCUUAACGGGAAGUUCUCUGGACAGCUGUAGGCUAAGUUCAGACGUAGCAAAUAAAACUAUAACAGUUUUACUUUGUUCUAGCCAACUGCACCCCAGGAGGUUUGAAGUUUCAGCCUCCUGUAAACUCUGUAAUAACUUCGCUUUCCUCAGAUUGAUGACACUCAGAGUUCCAACAGUUGGCAAUUUGUACAGUUUGAGACCCAUCAGCAUCGUGCACAGUACAGGAUACUAGAAGCUCGAGAUUAAAAUGGCUUCCAGAGGAAAGACAGAGACAAGCAAACUGAAGCAGAAUUUAGAAGAGCAGUUAGAUAGACUGAUGCAGCAAUUACAAGAUCUGGAGGAAUGCAGGGAGGAGCUCGAUGCAGAUGAAUAUGAAGAAACUAAAAAAGAAACUUUGGAGCAGCUGAGUGAGUUCAACGAUUCACUGAAGAAGAUUAUGUCAGGAAAUAUGACAUUGGUAGAUGAACUCAGUGGGAUGCAACUGGCCAUUCAGGCAGCUAUCAGCCAGGCCUUUAAAACUCCUGAAGUCAUCAGAUUGUUUGCGAAGAAACAACCAGGUCAGCUGCGGACAAGGCUGGCUGAGAUGGACAGAGAUCUGAUGGUGGGGAAGCUGGAAAGAGGCCUGUACACGCAGCAGAAGGUGGAGGUACUGGCGGCUCUCAGGAAGCUCGGCGAGAAGCUAACAGAAGAUGACGAGGCCUUCCUGUCAGCCAAUGCAGGUGCUGUGCUCAGCCAGUUUGAAAAAGUUUCCACAGAGCUUGGCUCUGGAGACAAGGUCCUUGCUCUGGCAGGGUUCGAGGUUGAAAAAGCCAAGAAAUGAUGGAUUCGUGGUGGGUUUGGCUCUGCUAGCCCCAUCUGUCCUGCACACGGUGCUUUCAUCCUGUGGACUCAGACAGUGCAAAGAAGUAGAGACUCAAAAUGCACCAGCCCAGGAGCAGGGGACUUGGAACACGGUGUGGCUCCUGCUUAGGGUGCUCGUCCCUCUGGCUGUGGAUCUCCCUUCUUACAUGACCCAGGGCUUGUUGGGACAGAGGAACGUUGUUCACUAUGGUUUGUCUUGUUUUUAGUGCUGGUAGGGGUGAGAGCUGUGAGCUAGUGACUGUCCUGACUUCUGUCUGCAUGCCUUGGGACGAGCAGCACAGUGCUGUCCCUGGCCCUGCUGUGUCUGGAGAAUCUUAGAAACCAAGACUCAGCACAUGUGAUGUCUAAAGUCAUUAGAGGCAGGGCUGAGGCUGGGGCCCAGGUGUCCUCAAUCCAAGUUUAUUUCUUCAUUCUGCACUGUUUUUUGAGUUGUUGUUUCGGUUUUUUUUUUUUUUAUAAUAAUUAACUUGUAUUUGUGCAAAUUGGUGUCUAUGAAAAUUCAGUGUCCUAACUCAGUUGAAUGGGCACUGAGGAGUUGUUCCCAGCCUGUUCACGGGCAGCAUGAAUGGGCUCCAUUGUAUCUCUGGGUUCCUAAGGAGCAACAAUGGGAGCCCUGUUGAGACCUCCUGAAGUAACUUAACCCCCUGCCUUGUCUCAGUGGGGAAGCAAUAGGAAAUGGCAGCCCACAGCCCUCUGUGAGUGACCUCUUGCCAACUCUGAGGGUGGUAACAGCAAGUUACUAUCAACUGUGCAGUGUGGGGAGAAACACAAAGUGAGUUAUGAGGAAAGCAAGUUUCUCCCUGGGAGCUGGGACAGCCUCCGCGGGCAGCCUCACCCUUGUCCUCACGCGCGCGCGCAUACCUUCCCAGGCCUCACGCGCGCACCUUCCCAGGCCUCACGCACGCGCAUACCUUCCCAGGCCUCACGCACGCGCAUACCUUCCCAGGCCUCACGCGCGCGCCUUCCCAGGCCUCGCCUGGAUUGGAUUCCUUCCUGUAUUUCUCAUUAUUCUUUUUUUUUUUUUUUGCACUUUAUACAAAUUAAAAACAUUUUUACUGCUUCUUAUAAACUAAAGUUCUACUUGGUGCUUUGCCAACUGGACAAAUUAGGGGACCUCAGCUAUGUAAAUGCCUUACUUGGAACUCGUAAUAUCUUUUGGACUUUUGAGAGGGGUGGGUCUCUGAGCCAGCAGGAUGACCCAGUGAGUGAAGUGCCUGCUGCCAAGCCUGAUGCCCUGAGCUUAAUAAUCCCCAGCCACCUGAUGAAGGAGGGGAAUUGAGUUUUACAAGUUGUCUUCUAACCCAUAUAUGCACACUUACACAGUAAAUAAUAGAAACCAUGAGAAGGGGACCCCUGUACUGGAGUCUUAGGCUCAGGCGCUUUCCUAGCCUCCUCCCAAGAAGCCGGCACUCAGCUGAGCACUGCUGUGUUUGCCAGCGCGCUGUCUCCACUCGCUGUCCAAGUGGAGCACACCAAGACUUGCUGAUCACCUGCUGUAACCAGUGGUGCUGGGUGUGUGCCACCAUGGUUCAUAUCAACACAGAAGUCACAGUUCCACAGUGUGGAUUCAGUAAUGCUGUGCAGCUGCCAACCCAGCGCUGAGUCAUGCCCAUCGGCCCCUGCAGGAGAACCUGUAUCUAUUCCAGUCACUCCAAGAUGCCUUCUUCCAGCCUCCAGCCUCCUCUGAGCUGCUCUCCUGUCCCUAUGGACUUAGCUUUCUGGAGACUUCAUGUGAACUUCACACGUGAUUAUUCCGUGUGGUUUGUUAUGUAUCUGGCUUCUUCAUGCAGUAUUUUCAGGGCUGACUCACCGUGUAACACACGUCGAUCCUUCAUUUAUUUCUGUGCCUGAUUAAUACUUCACUGUAUGAAUACUACAUUUUGUUUAGCCAUGUAUUUGAUGAACAUCCGAGUUGUUUUCAGCUUGUGUGAACAGUACCAAUAAGAACAUUUCUGCACAAGUACAUGUUGAAUUC